AUGUCGAAAAACAAAGUGGUCCGGCAAAACAAAAGGUUAAAUAAACGUAACUCAAAAUUAAAUGAAACAAAUAAAAUAAAAAAAUGUUCUGUUUUGUUGACAAGAUUAGAUGUUUCAGACUUUUCCAAAAGUUUAAACAAAGUGAAUCUGGAAUAUAUAAACGAUAAAAGCACAAUAUUAAAAAAUUGUGUUUUAAGUUAUCCCAUAAUUAAAAUUGAAAAGCUAGAUAUUUCGCGGAUUAAUAGCAAGCAAAAUGUAUUUGAUCAUAAUUCACGAGAUCAAAAAAAUCAAAGCAUUCAAGUGGCGAAUAACACUGAUGUCAAUGAUAUACAAAUUCCGAAAAAAAGAGCCGUGAAGAAAAAGCGACCAAAUGUAGGUAGACCUAGGAAGAAAUUAGUUUUUAAUUUUUCAAAAAGGAAAUACGAAAAUAAAGUUGAAGAUUUCAAUUCGCAUGAAAAUAAAAUUCCAAAAGACAUAAAAGAAUUGAAAACGUGUGAGGCGAAUUCUAACGAAAAUAAAAUAUCUGAAGAACACCUGUUGGGCUCUAUGGAUGGGAAAGUUUAUGGAGAUGUAUUAGUUACUCACAUUAAAGAUAAAGGUUUAAAUUCUAAACAGUUAAAUAUAGUACAAGUAGAAAGUAAUGUGAGCGCUCUGGAGAAUCCAGAGAAUCUAAUUCAAGGUGAAAACGAAAAUAACGAUUUCGUAACAUAUUCCAGUGAACAAGAAUCACUAAGUACAUGCAAAAACUCUGCUUCCAAGAUAAAUAUUGAAGCAAAUCAAUCUUUUUCAAAAUAUGAAAAUAAAGAAACUCAAACACCAAAAUUCUUUAAAAGAAUAAUAAAAGCUCGUAGGAAGCCUUGUAAAAGAUUACAAAAAUUUGCAUCAGCAGACUAUAAAGCAACCUCAGUUAAUUCUGAAAACAUUGAAUCCUUUUUGCCAAACAAUGUGAUUCCAGCUAUUGCAGAAUCUACAUUACCGUUUUUAAAUCCAAAAGAAAACAAACUGUUGAAAAGCCAAAAUUUUGAGCAUUUAGAGAAUGUAUGCUUAAAUUUGGAGCAGUUAUCAUACAAUUCUGUAUUGUUAAAUCAGAAUCAGGAUAUUUCUUCUUUUCUUUUACAACAAUCACCAAUAUUUAGCAAUGAUUUGCUGUCUUACAAUAAUUUACAAGCGUCUCUUGUGGGUAAUCCGCUACAAAUAAUCUCAGAAGUUUUGCAAAAUAAUAGAACAAAAGAAGUAACAUCAAUUAUUCCUGCAGAUAAUAUACAAAAUUAUAGAAACCCCAAUAACUUUAAUGAAAUGGAUGAACAAAAUAUUAAUCAAAAUAUUUAUGUUCAACCUGAAACUAAUUAUACAGAAACUCAACAAAAUGGCAAAAAUUUAAAUAAUCCAAUCGUAGACAAAUAUUCUGCUAAAGUUAUAGAGUCCAUACAAAUAAUUCCAUCGUAUGAUCCACUUUAUCAUCCACAUAAUUUGCAGAACGUUACUCAAUCAGAACAAAAUAAUAUUAGCAACAUUUUUCAAUUUUGUCAAAGUCUUGAUAGUGGAAGUUUGAUUUGUUCAGAAAGUAUCAGUAAUAUACCAUCGUCAAUAUCAACCCUAUCGAAUGAAAUUUAUGAUGAAGAACAGCAAAAUACUAUAGAAAAUGCGCUUGGAAUAUCCAGACAAAAUGAUAUGACUGUAGAAAACGCAAUACAAGAAAAUUUUGCUUUACUAUCACAAAACAAUAUUGCUGGGGAUUAUGAUUACGAAAAAGUAAAAAACAAUGGAAGAGUAGAAGAGGAAAAUGAGAAUAAUUCUUCUUUAGCAGUGGAAAUGCCAAAUAUUUUAAAUGAAAAUGCUGAAGUUCAAAUGAAUGAAAAUUGUGAUAAUAUAUUGGAAUGCCAAUUAGAGCAAGAGAAAUGUUGUCAUAUUGAAGAGGAAAAGGGAAGUAUGAACACAUUAAUAUUGAAGAAUAUUGAAAACGAAGUUGAUAAUAGUAGGUGUAAUGCAUCCAAUUCUAAAACUGGAGAAUCCUCGAACUCUCGGUCUAAGGUUAACAUAUCCAAAACUUGGUCAAUUAAAAAGGAUGCCAGAAUGGUGGACGAAAACUAUUUUUCAACCAAAAUUACCAUAGUUUCUGAAUCCAAAUCAAAUUUAUUAUCAGAUGAAAUAUCAGAAACGUCUUUAGAAAAGGCUGAUUUAACAUCCUCAUCUUCUCGUUCGAAGAAAUCUAUUGAGUCAGAAGAAAUUGCUAGUUUAGAGAAAGAAAAUAACAACUGUGACAGUGAUGAUGAAAAUGAUUCAAAACUUUUAAGCGCUUUUGGGAUUUUAUCAGAAUGUAGAGUUAAUUUAAUAAAAUUAGAUUUAAAAGAUAUAAAUCUUACAUCAGCAAAUGACUCAAAUUCUCGUCAGGAAGAUGUGCAAUUUAAGAAUAAAGGUAAAUUAGAAAAUGAAAAAAAAGAUUUUGAGCAAAAUGCCCCAUUUGAAAUUAAAAUGUCGAAAACAGUAGAAAUUACACAAAAUGCCAAAUUAUCUGCCGAUGCUGCUAAAAUAUAUUGCAAAGGAAAAGAUGAACAGCAAAUUACAAUUGAAAUUGAUAAAAAUUUCUUUGCAUCGACAUCUAAAGAAUUUGAAUCGAAAAAUAAGCAAAAUGCCGUUUCAAUCCAAGGUAGUAAAGGUCCAGUAUUUGAGGUCAGUCAUAUCCCAAAAGUUGGUCAAUUUGUUACGUAG